AUGAACGGACUUUAUCGUCACUGGCGCCAGGUUUGGUUUCAGAACAGGAGAGCAAAAUGGCGACGACAGGAAAAGAUGGAAUCCAGCGCCAUGAAGAUGCAAGAACAGGCUAUUUCUUCUCUCCAUCGGAACAGCAGCGGGCUGAACGGCACGAAGCUACCCAUCGAUCCUUGGCUCACACCACCCAUGUCCAACGCAUCCGCCACACUCCACUCUCUCCCCGGACUUCUGGCAGCCCAUGGACAAUUACCUCCACCGGGAUCAGUCGGUGGAGCUCGUGGGGCCCUCUGCGGCUUGGGACCCAUCACAUUCCCGUUGUUACCGCCGACCUCGUCUAGCUUCUCCUUAUUAAGUCCCCCGAGUAGCCUCGUGCGCCAUGGAGGUGCUGUGGGACUCUUGGAGACAGGCAAUAUAAGAAACUCAAGUAUAGCGGCGUUAAGACUGAAAGCUCAAGAGCACCUUGAUACCGUAGUCCGGGUGCCUGUCUACAAUGACCGAUUGUCACCGGGUACUGAUUGA